AUGAAGCAGACUCCGUACAUACAUAUUUCUGCAAUAUUUCUGACAUGGCAUCGCUACUACAUCUGGACCUAUGAGAAGAUGUUACAAGAGAAGUGUGGUUACAAAGGAACUAUCCCCUACUGGGAAUGGGGCUAUGACAUCGCAGACCCGUCCGCCUCUCCUAUUUUUGACGGCUCCGAGACAUCUCUCGGGUCCGAUGGCGCGCCCAUCUCGCCUCACCCACCGAUGCUGCUCCUCCCGCCCGGCCCUUCGAACUCGCUCGUGACAAUCCCACCAGGGGCAGGCGGCGGCUGCGUGCACUCGGGGCCCUUCGCCAACAUGACCGUCCAUCUCGGCCCGCAGCAGCUGCCCGUGCUCGGCAGCACCAACAUCACCGGCCAGGCGGACCCCUUCGCCGACAACCCGCGCUGCCUCCGCCGCGACCUGAGCGCCUACUCGGCCACUCGCUGGGCCAGCUUCCGCAACACGACGCGCGUGGUCCUCGACUACGACACCAUCGAGCUGUUCCAGGCGUAUCUCGGCGGCGACCCGCGCUACAUUCUGCAGGAGCUCGGCGUCCACGGCGGCGGCCACUACGCGAUCGGGGGCGACCCGGGCUCGGACGUGGCCGUCUCGCCGGGCGAUCCGGCGUUCUAUCUGCACCACGGCCAGAUCGACAGGGUGUACUGGAUGUGGCAGAUGUUGGACUUUGAGAACCGGCAGGGUGUCUGGGGCACGGGCACGGCGCUGGACGACCCGCCGAGCGCGAACGUGACGGUCGAGGACUACGUCGAGCUGCUGCCCCUGAACGGGCCAAUCCAGAUCAAGGAUUUGAUGAAUGUCGUUGGAGGCACGCCGUUGUGCUAUGUCUAUGAAUAG